AAAAUGAAUUAUAUUGCAAAAAGAGCCCGUCAAUACGAAACUACAUGAAGUUUCUAAUCUAAUGACGUAGAAGGACGCGGAAACAAACAUAAUGGGAGGCAAGACUGUUGUCUCGUAUUUUUAUGAUCCUGAUGUCGGCAAUUUUCAUUAUGGGCCUGGACAUCCCAUGAAACCUCACAGAUUGUCAAUUACUCAUAGUCUUGUCUUACAUUAUGGGUUGUACAAAAAACUCCAGAUUUAUAGGCCAUACAGGGCCAAUUUUCACGAUAUGACCAGAUUUCACUCAGAAGAAUACAUCGAUUUCCUCAUGCGAGUCACCCCUCAAAACGUUCAAAAUUUCACUAAAAAUUUAGGACAGUUUAACAUGGCAGAUGACUGCCCAGUAUUUGAUGGCCUGUAUGACUUCUGUUCCAUGUAUACGGGGGCAUCUCUGGAAGGUGCAGUAAAAUUAAACCAUAAUUGCUGUGAUAUUGCAAUUAACUGGUCGGGAGGACUUCAUCAUGCUAAGAAAUUUGAAGCAUCCGGAUUUUGUUACGUUAAUGACAUAGUUAUUGCAAUUUUAGAAAUGCUAAAAUACCACCCGCGAGUCCUGUAUAUAGAUAUAGACAUUCACCAUGGAGACGGUGUGCAAGAAGCUUUCUAUCUGACAGAUAGAGUUAUGACUGUUUCUUUUCAUAAGUAUGGAAACUAUUUCUUCCCUGGAACUGGUGACAUGUUUGAAAUUGGGCAUGAAAGUGGUAGAUAUUAUUCAGUCAAUGUCCCAUUAAAGGAAGGAAUUGAUGAUGCCAGCUAUACCCAAGUAUUUAAACCUGUAAUUGAGGCUGUGAUGGAAUAUUAUCGUCCAACUGCUAUCGUCCUUCAGUGUGGUGCAGAUUCUCUAUCGGGUGAUCGUUUAGGUUGUUUUUCAUUGUCUACUAAAGGCCAUGGUGAAUGUGUUAGUUUUACGAAGAAAUUUGGAGUACCAUUGUUAGUAGUUGGUGGAGGAGGCUACACACCAAGAAAUGUAGCAAGAUGUUGGGCUUACGAAACUGGACUAUUAGUUGACACAGAUAUGCCAACGGAAAUCCCAUAUAACACAGAGUAUUUCCAGUAUUUUGCUCCAGAUUUCUCUCUUCACCCGGAGGUUAUCACUCGCCAAGAAAAUGGCAACAGUCGGCAGUAUUUGGAAGCCAUUGUCAAACAUGUUUAUGAUAACCUUAGAAUGGUUCAGCAUGCACCAAGUGUACAGAUGCAAGAUGUCCCAUUGGAUGGAUGUACUAUAGAUGAUCAAGAAAAUGAGCUAGAUCCAGAUUCCAGACUACAUUUGAGUGAGGAAGAUAAAAGGGUGGAGCCAGAUAAUGAAUUUUAUGAUGGUGAAAAGGACAAUGAUAAAGAUGAAGAAAAUGAUGUCUCAUCAUCAACAAACAAGAAUUGAUGCAUUUCCAGAGAAAUGAUGCGCUCUGUUUUGGAAGAGGUAUUUCUUAACAGGAAGCUUACUCUGUAUAGGGAAAGCACUGCUGAAUAUUCUUCCUUGUGAAGUGGUCUAUAUGGAUUCAGUAUUACUUAACCUGAGAAGCAAAAGCUGCAGUCAUAUGCAUGUUAUGCUGUGUACUAUUAGCUAUGAUGAACCUGGUAGUAAGGUUACUGUACUGGUUCAUGUGUUAUUUUCUCUCCAUUUUAUUAGUUUUUAGCUCAAAAUAUAUUAGUACUUAUGUGGUAUUCCUGCUUUUGAGGAAGCCUUUUGAUUUGAGCAACACUUUGGCAUUUUAAAUUUUCUGAUGAUCCAUACAUGCUGGCUCAUGAUAGAUCAUUAUUUUGCUUUUUCUUUUUUCUUUUUACCUUGAUAAGUUUACGAAAUUCGUAAGCCUUUUAAGGAAUUCUAAAGUAUUUUCUAAAUUGACAAACCCAUCCUGUUAUUUCUCUCUCUUUAUUAGGGAUUGAUUGAGAAUUGGAGGAGGGUCUUCCUUGAAAUUGAAACUGAUUGAAAUCUUUUGGCCUGUUGACUUCCAGUCAUGUUUUAAAUUUAUGUAUUUUGACUUCAUUAUCAUGCUAUUUUAUAUUCUAUAGUUAAUCAUUACUGGACUCAUGGUUUCUGACAUUAAAUGUCAUGGCUUAUAACAUCCCAGUACUACCUGUCUGCAUUUCCCAAACAAAAGGUAAAAGCUGAGUUUUGGCUCUUUGGUUCUGAAUUAAAUUAUCCAUUAAUAAUAAUGAAAAAGCUAUGGAAAAUAUGAAGUCUUUGGUAUUUGGCUUCAUUUUCGAGAUGCUUUAUAGAGUAAUGCAGCCAUAUGGUUAUGAAUGUAAAAUUUGAUGUACCUAAUGUUGACUAUAUCAGUCUUCAGUAUGUGGUUGAAAAUAAACGGUUAUUCUUUUGUGAGAGUCAUACUUAGAUUUGCAGGCAAGUUAUAACAUUGUGUGGUGUUAACAUGUUUGUAAGUGAAUUGCAUGCAUAUUUCAUUCUCUCAGGCAAAUUGGCCAUCCAAAAUUUAAUUGACAAAGGUAGUAACAAUGUGUUAGAAAGGAUAUGUCAAGCAAGUCAAUGGAAGUGCUGGUUCUGGUUGUUGUGUGAUUACUUCCACUUAUGAAGGUGGAAGUAUGUACUGAAUUUUUUAUGUACCUUUUUGAAAUUAAAAAGUACCAGUACUUUACCUGUAGUAGCCUAGCAGUUUUAUGAGAUGGGAAGCAGUGAGAGAUAGUUUCCUGAAUUAUGAAAUUGUGCUGCUUGUUUGAGUAUUUGACAAGGUCACUGAUAUUCUGAUGAAGUAAGUCCAGUUGCUUGUAAGUACUUUUUUGUUUGAAAUUAAUAACUGUAGGAAUUUAAUGUUGAAAAUUUUUGUGUAAUGGAUUCAAAUGCAGUUUUUAAAAUUAAUGCCCUCCCAGACUCAUAGCCCUUUUUUGUGGGUAUGGUUAUCAGAGAGUAAAUACAUAAAUCAGAUCCCUUUUAUGAUAUAGAUAGUUCCUCUUUAUGAAUUUACGUCCACUUUUUUUUUUGCGCUCCAUUUCCUCUUCUUAUAUUCUCAGGAUUAAUCUUUAGGUAACAAAUCCAGCAUGACCUUGAAUUUCAAUUUGACCCACAGAAUAUGAAGGAGGUUGAGUUUGGAUGCCAUGCCUCCUCACCCACAGAAUUUGAGUAGCUGACGGGGUGAGUGAGAUAAAAAGUGCCGAUUUGCUCUCAAUAGAGUGACAUUAUUUUGUAUGUCUUGGCAUGAGUCCUAGGACAUACUGUGAGGGAGGACCUCAUCCAUCCUUAACAAAUUAUUGCAGAUUAAAUUCAUAAGAGUUAUGGAGGUCAUUAGUACAAAAAAUAGAUGUAUAGGAGUGGUAUUGUCCCAUGUGAAUAUUGGGCACACCCAUUUAGCACAAUUACUUAAUCACCAGCCCCCUUGACCCAGUUCCUGUCUGUAGACAAUGCAGUACAACAAAUACAUACAUAUGAAUGUCCAAAUUUCAGUUGACUGAUUUUACAUAUGAAUGUCCAAAUUUCAGUUGACAAUGAUUGACAAAUAUUAAACACAUCUAGUAUAGAAAUUAUACGUAUUAUAAUACUCAACAUUUUCAUUCUGUCCAGUUUUGAAAUUUAUACAAAACUAAUUCAGUUAGGCAUAAUUAAUAUUUUUAUGAUUUAAGACAAAAACUUCGUGAGAAUUAAGAAUUUAAACUCAUCUGGUUACAGGUGUUUGCACAUUAUGACCCACAUUACCAUUUUGAAGACAUGUUUUGCAUAUAUCUAGAGAUUAAAAAUAUUAUAGUAAUGACAAGUUUAUGUUUACUAGCACCCCUAUCAUUUAGAUUUUUUUAUCUGGUCUAUUUUAGUUGAAAUAGAUCAUUGCUGCCAACAAAAAGAUUGUAACUUUGGUUUGAUUUGUUUGAAUGGUAGUCUUUUUGUUAGGGUUACCAGAGCCUCAUGAUUGGCAAAAAGUGAUCUGAUUUUGGGGGAGAGCUGGCUGUAGAUCAGUCUUUUUAAUAAAUUACUUCCUACAUUUUUCAUUAUAUCUUCAACUGGACCCAAAUUACUUGAAGUUGAAGAAUCUAACUUGUUUUCAUGUCUUGUCUUUGAUGUGAAGAUACUUCUGCUAACUUUUCUCAUCCCACUUUUUGUCAUGUUUGCUUAUGCAUUCAUUUCUUGAUUAAGGGGACAAAAAAUUGAAGACUAGCAGUUAUUAUAAAAACUAGACUAUUUCAUCUGUCACUUGAUUUAUUAAUACCUGAAUUGAUUUUCUAUAGAAAUCUUCAUUUUCUAAGGUAUUGGGAUUGAAGAACAGCAGGAUAAUUUUAAAAGACUUCUAUAUCAAGUCAGUAGCAGUGUUCAUUUGUUAAGGAAAAAGGACAAAGAUUUAUUAUGAAUUUUAGGAGCAUUUUAUCAAUAACAUUGGCUAUUACAGUUUUGGAAUAAAUAUUUUGGGAAUUAGGAAUGGUCCUGUCCAAUUCCCUUCCACUGUGCAGUUUUAAAUUUAGGUGCAGUGUCUCUGUUUUUAACUGCUGCUAUUUAUCUUGGUAAUGAAGUACAUGAUUUCAUUCAAAGAGGGACUGGAUAACCCAUGGCAGCUAUCAGUGUCCAUGGAUUACCUGAGCAAGCAUGUCAAAUGCCUCAAUGCAAUAGGUGCUGGUUUGGUUGGAGAAACAAUGACAACCCACUGGUCUCGAUGAGGCAACCAAGCAGAUAGAUUUUGGGAUGGCCUGCUUGCUGCAUAUGUGGAGGGUUCUAAAAAAGUUAAGUUAAAAAAGACAUUUCCAACCCAAAACAUUUCCACAUCAUGCCAGUUACUUAUUGAAAUUUAAGGAAUGAAUGGCAACAUUCAAGAACUAAGGGAAAAAAUUUGUGCUACUUCUGAUUUGUGAAGUGCAAACUAUAUCAAAGCAAAGUAAAUACUCGGAAGAUAAUGUUCACUGGAUCCAUAGUAGUAGGAAAGUAUUUACGUAUAUCAGUUUAUAGCCCCCCCCCCAAAAAAAAAAAAAUUAUAAUUUCUGGAUUACAUUAGUACUGAGAUAGGUGAUUUGCAUUCUUGUUGCAGAUUGAAUAUAUUUAUCAUUUGUGACCAUAUAGUAUUGCUUGGCCAGUGCUCUUCAGACUGGACUAAAAGUAUUCAACAUUAGUCCUUCAGCUUGAGAUGCAUGGAUUCAUGCAUUAUAUUUUUCAUCUGUUCCUCUGGUUUCUUCCCACUUACCUGUCUAACUUUAACCUAACAGUGCUCCAGUUUUUUAUGGAAGGUCAAUGAGUUACAAAAUGUAAUUAUGUGGUCUCAUGAAAUUACUUUAUAUUAGUAAUAUUCAUCUUUGGAACGAUAUUUUUUUAAAAACAUAAAGGUUACUUGGAGCAAAUAGAUACAAUUAUGUUAUGCUGAGGCUGGAGUGCAAAGGACCAAUAUGUCUUGCCUUGAUUGAGGGUAUUAAUGCCACUGGUGUUAGAUCUCAUAUUGUCUUGUGGGGAAUGCAGUUUAAUCCCGGAAUCUUUAUCUUUAUAGACCAGAUAGUUUAAAGAUAGGGUCCCAUUUAUCUAACAUUACCUUUCUUUUAAUACAAAACUUCCACCAACACUAAUUUCAUUUUAGAAUUACUGUCUGCUGUAAGAUUUCCAGGGUGUCGGCAUCAAAUUUCUGUUGUGCUAUGAUAUUUCACAGCCAGGUCACAGAGGUCUUCCAUUCCCUUUACAGUAAACUGUUGAACUGUUUUCCUGGCAGUGUUAUAGACAAUAUUGUUCAUAAAUUUUAAAGAAACUGCAAAUCUGCAUUAAAGUACCAUGUACCAGUUAUUAAUGGCUUUUCCUUAUUGAUUUCUUAUUUGAUGAUAGAUAAAUUGGAUUGCUUAUUUCAUUUUUUUUUGUGCUGAGUGUAAUUUCUUUCCUCCUCUAAAUCUCUACCUGAAAACCUUAACGAACAGAAUCAACAAACUAUAAACCUGAGGGCAGCAAAGGGAAAUCAGCCUGCAAAAAGAGAAAAGUUGAAGGAAAGGGUCUUAAAUGAUCAGAUAUGAGGGAACAAUAAUUGAAACUGGAUUCAGGAGACGUCAGCAGAAAGGCAGGAACAGAUUAGAUCCUUGCUUAAGCAUUUGGAAAUCAGCAGACUCCACAACUGCUCUAGGUAAACUAUUCCAGAUUUUUGUUGUAGCCAAAAUAAAACUUAGCAAACCUAGUAGUUUUAAAUAUGACUAAAACAAACAACUGUUUGCAUCAGCAGCCUGCCUAGCAUUGUUAGUAAAAACAGCUAGGUCUCAUAAAGAAGAGUGCAGUAGACAUUUGUCAUUUUAAUACAGAUUAUGCAACAAGCAUAAUGAACUCGCAUCAAGUUUAUGCCACAAGUCAACAUUACUAGUUGGGAAAACAAAUGUAACUGAUGACAUAGUGUUAUGCAUACAUGAGUUUGAAAUGAGAAUCUGGGACCUGGGAGCACACUGAAGAACAGUAUAUGAAACAAUUAAAAAAAAGGUUAAAAUAUAUACAGUAAUAGCAUCAUCAUGAUCAUCAUGAAACAUUCUAAAACAUUUCUGCAAGACUUUUAACUUAUUGAGCAACAUAUGUAUUUUAGUAUACUCCUUUUGGGUCAUUUUGUCUCCUAUGACUUGGAGGUAGUUGUUUCUCUGAGCUCAAUCAAGGUAUUUUGUUCUGUGGGAACUUUAUUUAUAAUUGUCAUUUUUGGUGUUUUGGAUGUGUUUGUGUACACAUUAAAAAUAUUGAUAUAUGCAGGACUUCAGCAACACAGAAAUUUUAAAAUUUUCACCACACAGGCAUUGAAAUUCAACAUUCUGCAUGUUUGGAGUGCUUCUGAUUGACUAGUCUGAAAUACUAAUACUUACAUCAGAUAUUUUAGGCUCAUAUCAUUGAAAUAUUAAGGAAUUUAAGAAAUGGUCUAGAUUUUUUUAUAUCCUCUUCUUCCUAACUUUUCAUCCAACUUAUACAUAAUCUUGUGUCCAGUUACAUCUAGAACAAAGAUAUCUUUUUACAAAUUUACCAUGCCCAGUAAAAUUAAAAUACAAAUAUUCUUAUGACAUUUCCAAGAAGGAAAGAGUGUGGGCUGAUGAUGUUUAUUAAAAGCCAAAUAUUGUCAUAUCUCUGAAUGACUAGAUUCACAUCAACCGUGCAUCUUAUGUCUAGGCCAGUCCCUUACGAUGCACCUGAUUGGGUGUUGAUAAGCCAAUCACAGGACUGGAAACUCUCAGUCUCUCUCGAGAGUUCACAUAGGCGGGAUGUAUGUUCCACUUCUUCUGAGGGAUAUGUUUUUCAAAAGUAUCCCUUAGGAGAGGGGGAAGAUACAUCCUGCCUAUGUGAACUCUCUCGAGAGACGGAGAGUUUCCAGCCCUGUGAUUGGCUCAUCAACAGCCAAUCAGGAGCGUCGUAAGGGACUGGCCGAGACAUCAGAUACACAGUUGAUGUGAAUCUACUAUAGUAUGUUAAUUUGUGUAUUAUGGCUACUCUGAUGAGAUAGUUUGGCAGUUGUUCUCCUUAACUGUUAUAUAUGAUUUGCAACCCCAGCCAUAAGCUUAAGUCUCUCACCACACUUAUUAAUUAACUAUAGAUUUUCUGAGUCAUGUAUGGACAAACAUGAGAUUAUUAAAAUGUUUUGAGAGGAAUAUCCUUUUUAAGUAAUUUAAAAAUGCUUAUUAUUUGGUUUUAUUGAUUCAGUCCUACAAGACUACAGUGGUCUUCCUUCACUUCUUGAAACUUCGUAGAAACAUAUUGUAGAAAAGUCGGUAGUAGCCACAUUAGAAAGGGUCAUCAGAGCUCUUUCAGAUGCUGCUUUGCCUCCCACACUGUAGAUCUGUAAAGUCCAUCGACAAAAAUAUGGAGUUGGAUGCACUUCAGUUGUACAGUUUGUCAUAGUGUGAUGCAGCAUGAUUAGUACAUUUGUCACAUAGGUGUUCUUUUCUGUCAGCUGAAGUUUGCUUGAAUGGGAAAUGAUGAAAACCCUUUGGAUUGUUCAUUUAAAUUUGAUUAUGUGAUAUUAGGGAAAAUGUUAAGCAGCAGGUACUGUAUUGGAGAAAUUAAUUUAGAUUAUAUUCUUGGACUUGAUUGUGUGCAGCAUAUUAUACCGUACUGUGAAUUUCUUAUGUCAGAUGUUACCCUUAGCACGGAGAAAGCUGUUUUAGUGAGUAGCCAAAGAUUUGAUACUGUUUUUUUUAUGUUUAAUAAAUUACUACUUAAACUUAUUCAUUAAACAUAUCUGGAUAUGUUCAGCAACACUUCAUCUCACAGAUGUCAUAAAAAUAUCAACUCUCCAUUUAUUGUAGUUGAUCAAGCAUUCUGUAGUGUCUAAUCCUUUGAAACAACCCUGUAAAGGAUAGUUUGAGGCAAGUGGUUUUGUUAUUUAUGUUGUCAUUAAUGUUUUUACUUCACGAUGUUACCUUUUCAAGCUAAUCAUUAAUUUGUAAUCUGUUCCCUUUCUAUGCUAAAAAGAAGCUACAUCCGUUUUCUGACAACAGUCAAGUUUUAAAUGCCUAAAAAAGUACUGAAAUUUUCAUAUUAUAAAAAUGUUAGUAUCUUGAUAGACUACCAUACUUGCAAGCCAAUUUGGGUCUUCCUCGAGGGAAUGAUGCUAAGUAUAUUAUAAGAAAAAUAUCCUUUUCUAGGCCAUUUGAUAUUUUGAAAAUGUAAAAUAUGUAUCAGGGAAAUGUGAUAUUUGAAUAGAAUGAAUAUGUAAGUUGUUUCUAGAUGUUAAAUAUAAGGCAGAGAACUAAGUAAUCUUGCAUUCCCAUAUCCAUGUAGGAAGUCCCAUACAUAAUUCAUCUUAUUACAAUAUUUACUGAUAAGACUGUGGGUAGGUGUUUAAGUGAUCAUAUAGUGUACCUCUUUUGGUUGGUAAUGAAAUUUUCUUCUUUAUUUUUUCUGACUCCCUUGUUUUAAAUAUGUAAUUUUCAAAUGAUUUAAUGUUUACUUAUACAUUUAAAAGUAAUGGCUGGAUGUUUUCAAAACAUGCCUGAUCAUUAAAUAAGUCUGAAAACUGUAUAUUAAAUAAUGAUCUCAAGCUUCUUUGGACAAAGUAUAUCCUUUUACACUUAUACAUAUGAAAACAUGUUGAAUGUUUAUAGUAUUGUCUUCUUCUAGCCUUUAAUGGAAUUUUUCCCAGUGGAAGAAAGGUGGAAAAAUACUUCGCAGGAAUACCAUGAAGAAACAGCUAUACAUUACCAUUUUUCUAGUAGCCAAAUGAUCUCAGUUAAUAUAAACCAGGAUAUUUACAUUAUUGAAACAACCAUUCUACAAACAGUGUACCUGUGGCCGUUUCUUCUGCCUCUUGUAUCACCUUAAAAUGCUAACAUCUAAGAGGCAGGAAAAUGAUUGCUAAUAUAUGUGAUUAAUCACAGCGGAAAUAAUUGUUUGCCAUCAUUCAAAAUUAUCCAUUGUCUUAUCAAGCAUUAUAAGAAUUAGGAUGUGUUGAUGAAGGUUUACAGGUAAAUCCUGUGGAACAUUGUUUAGAUGUAAAUUUCUAGUAGUUUCACUUACAUUAUUUACCAUAAAUAAAUAAGCAUAGGCCUUUACAUGUAAAUAUUUUAUAUUGAAAUUUUAAUCCUGUGGAUUUUCUUUAUUUUGUAAUAUCAAGGUCAAUAUAUUGCAUUAUAAUGACUAAUAAAUGUAAAUUUUACUGA